AAAACAUAAAAAUCCAAAAACAAAUAUUAGUAUUACCCACGACCAAAAACCAAAAAUAAUCAUCUCACUUUUCAACCCAUAAGAAAAUAUCUUGAUUUACUUCAUAUGUGCCACAAAUUAAGCUUUACUCUCGUAAUUAUAUAGAUAUCACUUUCAUUUUUACAUGUUUUCUUCUCUCCUUUCUCUCUUUGUCUGUCUUCUUGCUCUUAAAGAUUCUUGCUUGUUUAAGUAGAGAAGUGUAACACAACUUAAGAGUUUUUUUUUUCUUUUCUUUUUGUCUUCUUACAUAUGAAUCAUCAAGACAUGAUGAUUCCACAUAAUCAUGACCGUCUCUCAGUCCCUAGCUUUGUCCAUGCCCAAGAACACAUCACUCCAAAUCCUAACCCUAACUCUAAGCCUGCCUCCACUAGCACAGCCAAGAAAAAGAGAAACCUCCCAGGCAAUCCAGAUCCAGAUGCAGAAGUCAUCGCUCUAUCUCCAAAAUCCCUCAUGGCGACAAAUCGGUUCUUCUGCGAAAUCUGCAGCAAGGGGUUUCAGAGAGAACAGAAUCUUCAGCUUCACAAAAGAGGCCACAACCUGCCAUGGAAGCUGAAGCAGAGAACAAACAAGAAUCAGGUGAAGAAGAAAGUAUAUAUAUGCCCCGAGAAGAGCUGCGUCCAUCAUGAUCCAGCUCGAGCCCUAGGAGACCUCACUGGAAUCAAGAAGCACUUUAGCCGGAAACAUGGAGAGAAGAAGUGGAAAUGCGACAAGUGUUCCAAGAAGUAUGCUGUGGUAUCCGAUUGGAAAGCUCAUAGCAAAAUUUGUGGUAGCAGAGAGUUUAGGUGUGAUUGUGGUACCGUCUUCUCCAGGAAGGACAGUUUCAUCUCACAUAGAACCUUUUGUGAUGUCUUAGCUGAAGAAAGUGCUAAAUUCUUCUCAGUUCCAUCACCCUUAGUCGCCAAUAAUACCAUCUCCACAAUUGCUGAUACCAAUAGUCCAGUUCUUGUUCAAUCACAAUUGGAUCAAUCACUCACAGGUACAGGCACCGAUCUUAACGUCAACAACAAUAACACUAUCUUAUUGGGGAAAAACUUCACCAAAUCCGACCCAAUCCCGCAACAAACCAAUACUUUCCCGUUGUCCCCACAACCAACACCUCGUGGUACAUCUGAUUCGGUUCAUAACCUAUGGAAGUUACGAGAAGAGGAAUAUUCAAACCAGUGGUUACUCAAUGAAUGUAUGAACAACAACAAAAACAUUAUUCGUAAAGUAGUAUCCACAAAUCAAGAAGAUGAGAUCAAAAAGGGAAAUAUCUAUAGUGGCUCAAACUCAACCGAUGCAAACAUCGCAUCCUUGUUCUCUUAUAAUCAAGAAGCAGGAAGUCAGGCUUCAUUGUCGGCAACAACAUUGCUUCAAAAGGUGGCUCAAAUGGGAUCAUCAUCGAGUUCCGACACUAGCACCAUGUUGGGGCUAAUGACUUCAUCCAUCUUCAACAAUAGGAUGCCAAACUCCGAUGGUUUAAAUACGAAAAAUAAGGAAGAAGAGUGGACCAGAGACUUUCUUGGUGUUAAGAAGCCGUGACGACCAACAAUGUCUACAUCAUCAUCAUCAUCACUUCCUAUCAAGCAUGCCAUGAUGUACGGUGAACCAUGACAUAUAUUCCCAAGUUGGCUGCAAGCCUGCAACCAUGAUAGGCGGGAAAAUAACUGUACGCAUGGCGUCAGAUUCUGAAAAUACUCGUUUUUUGUUCAUGUACAAGGUAGUUAUAAUCAUGUUUAAGGAUGUUUGAAUUCUCCAGGCUUUCUUUAGGAACAAUACACAAAAAAAAUCUGAAGCGAUCGACAACUCACAUGGAAGUCUUUGGAAUUUUUUCACAUAAUAAUAUGUAUUGACUAAUCAAUAAUCCGUUAUUUGUA